CGGAAGCGGAACAUUUGUACAAACGUGUCACUACUCAACUCGGAUUUGUUUACUGGUGACACACUGGGAACAUCUGUUACUCGGCCGGUCGCUAGCUUCAGCCAGCUAACUCCACAUAUAUUACUCUCCGGUGACUUUUAUAUUUUCCCAGGUUGGUCGAGGCCUGUCGCCAUGGAGCCCGCCUGUCGAAAGGAAAAACCAAAGCUGAACUCUACCCCAACCAGAGGAGACCGGGCCAGGCAGAAGUCAGCGCAGCAAGAGCUCAAACAGAGACAAAGAGCGGAGAUUUAUGCUUUGAACAAGGUGAUGACAGAGUUGGAGCAGCAGCAGUUCGAGGCCUUUUGUAAACAGAUGCAGUCACAGGCAGAGUAGAGAGUCCUGCCUGCUCCGCCUUCCUCUCUCCCUUGGACCGGGACCUGUCACCCUCCAAAACACCACAUACAGACUAUUACAGACACACUUACAUUUCAACUCUGAGAUUUGUGUAGGUUUGUGGUGCUGCUGAUGUGACCCCAGUCUCUAAACACUGAGGACAGGAAGUUCUGUACUUCCAACAGAUACAUCAGGUCACUGGUAUUUCCUUCCACUGAAUAUCAACCUUUGUAACCUUGAAGUAAUGGUUAACUGAGCUUACAUAUUUUUUUUGUGUCCAAAUUCACAUUCACAUGUUACAACCUGCCCAGGUCAAAUUCACAUAUCAACUUGACAUGGAAUCAGGCACCACACUGUUGAUAACUGAAGACUGGGCCAGUUGAAUGCACACACUCUGUAGAUCGAACUAAAGCUGUAUUUCUCAGUAUUUUGUCGCAUUGGCAAAUGUUUCUUACACCUCAUGACCAUCCCCUCCAAAUGCUUGUCACCCAAUUGAAUGUGUUCUGGACUCGUUCCUCUCUAAAUGUCAGUCAGAAGCUCCUUUUUGUCAUUUUUUACCAUAAGCUGUGUUUGACAGUUUUACAUUUUUGCUUACCUUUGUUACUGAGGCUGCAGUUUGUGAUUACAUUGCUCAGAGCAUUUCAGAUAAAUCCCAUUUUUGUUUGCUCUUGACCUAAAUAUACAGGUUUUUUGGGGGGGGUUGUUUUUUAAAUAUGGGCUAUGAUAAAGAUACAUUUUACACUAAACUGACAAACCACAGCUACAGUUCAUAGCCAUAGCCCCUGAUUGGAAGUAGGAGCGGCAGAACAAAAGCUACCGAUUCAUCAACAUGUAGCUUUAAACUAAACAGUGCCCUUAAUAUACCUGUGUUAAUGACGCUCGCUGUGAACACUUUACCCUGUCAGUGACGUGCGAUGCCAUCUGGCGUCUAUAUGUAUUUUUGAUUGUCACUCACAAUUUUGCAAUCAAACUUCUAUUUAUGGCUGAUUUCAGCAAAGUAUUUAUAGUGUUUAACAACGCAUGUCGGCCACUUUAAUGUCAGUUAAACAGUUUUAAUGAAAUGAAUAAAACGAGUUUAAAAGUAAUGUGUUUUUAAAAA